AUGUCGUCUUCUGAAGAUGAAUCAAGAUCUGAAUCCAGGGAUUCAUCCGAACAAGAAGAACAAGAAGUUGCAUCCAGCUCAAAGAAGGUAAAUCGUUCGAUAAAGAAGGCAAGGGCAGUAAUGCACCAUCGCAAUCGCAUGCAUCAGUUUUACGCGAGUAAAGCACUCGUUACCGAAAUAAAACGCUUGCAACAUUCAACAAAGCUAACAUUACCCCGAUUGCCAUUCGCGCGACUAAUCAAAGAAAUCGCGAACCAAUAUGGCGAUUUUCACUUUCAAAGCAAGGCGCUGGAAGCUAUCCAGGAAUCGACUGAACUUUUCAUGAUUGGAUUUAUGUCUGACAGUUAUCAAUUGACACGGCAUCGAAAGAGACAAACAUUGUCAGUGCCAGACAUGCAAUUACUGUCCAGUUUGGUCUCAGACCUGAUACCCUCAUUGCAACCUACCUAA